AUGAAGAAGGAGCUGUCCAUGGCAGCAGCCAGUGGAGACCCAUUUUACGUGUUUAAAGAUGAAUUAGAGAGUAAAGUAUCCGAUGUAAACCAUAAACACGCAAAAUGGCGCACCGUAUUGAACGUUAAAGACUCAAUAGAGUUACCAGCUUUAACAUAUCAGAUUGAGGAAGCUAUAACUACUGCAAUCGAGUCUGUCAAGUUCUUGGAGGACACUAUUAUUAUGGUGGAGACCAAUCGAGUCAAGUUUGAGCACAUUGAUGCGAUGGAAAUUGCAAGUCGGAAAGCUUUUGUUGCAACAAUUAGAAAAGAGCUACAAACUGUUUUGGCUGAAAUUUCCGCUGAUGUCGUUAAAGCUCAAAUUCGAAAACAAGAACGCAAGUUGAUGGUAUCAGCAAAAUCAACGUCUUUCAGGCCAAAUCUGACUGGACAGGAGAGAAAUGAGAAAUUUUUGGAGGAAGAAACGCAACGACAACAUCAAACUUUGCAAGAGCAAAAUACGAGUUUAGCGGAGCUUCAUACUGAUAUCACACGCUUGCACGAAGUUACAGUAGAUAUAUCCAAUGAGGUCAAGCAACAAAACAGGAUGCUUGAUGACUUGACUGAGGAUGUGGAAGAAGCACAACAGCGAAUGAACUUUGUUAUGAAGGGCUUGAGUAAACUUUUAAAGACGAAAGACAAGUGCCAACUGGGACUUAUUCUUUUUCUGGUAGCCGUGCUUGUUGGCAUGAUUUUCCUGGUCGUGUACACGUAA